AAGUUCUGCAAUCUGUACUUUCAGAAUUCUCUGAUACUUUCCCUCUCUCUUUCUCUCUCGUAGUGGUCACAUGUAUUGAUAGAGUAGUAUCGUGGUGGGGAAUAGAAUAAAAGAAUCGUUGUGAGUCCCUGAGUAAAAGGCAAGUUAGUAUACUACAUACAAUAACGUCAACGUACGAAACGAGUCACUCGCGUUGCUUGGAAAUACCACGCGGGUCUUCUCGUCUCUCAUUUACUCUCUGUGAAAAUAUUUUAUUUUAUAUUCAAUUUGUUUGAUUUCAUAUGUUAUUCAUUUUUUUUGUCUAAUCGAGAUAACAUUUCUUAUCGAAGAUAAAUUUAUUCUCAGUGUGUUACAUAUAUAUAUAAAGAAGAAACGAAAAUAUUAAAUCGUCAGUUUUCUCGUAUCCGUUAUAUCAAAAUACUUAUUAUUAAUUACAAUUAAUUUUAUAACGAUAAGAAAGUAAAAUCAAAAGCAGUGACAUACAAUUGACAUAGAUGUACAAGUAUUCAUUCAAUUUUACAAAAAGGAUGGAAUUAAUAAUAUUUUUAGGAUUAAUAAUCCUAACUAAAUCACAAAUGAUUUAUCCGGAUCAAUAUGAAUAUGCGAAGAAUGUGAAUUAUCCAGUUUAUGAUAAAAAUCAACAAAGAUUGUAUCAAGCGUCUUAUAAUCCUGUUGCAUACGCUGCACCUGCUGCACCAGCAGCAACAGGAACAUAUUCACAAGAUUUAUAUUAUGCACAACAACAACAACCAGCACAAGCUACAUAUUAUGCAUCACAACAACAACCAGUACAACCAACAUAUUAUGCACCACAACAAGCAGCAUAUGCACCACAACAAACAGGAUAUGCAGUACAAGCUGCAUAUGCACCACAACAAACAGAAUAUGCAGUACAAGCUGCAUAUGCACCACCUUUAUUAUAUUCUUCAGCGUUUAAUGUUAAUCAACCACAAAAACGAGCUUCCAUAAAUAGUGGUACACCAUCGGAAACAAAUAAUAAUAGAGUUGCAUUGCCAAUUUCACCUCUUGCUCAAUCGUUGCCACCAGAUUGGGCUUAUCAGGUUAACAAUAUUAUUUCUAAAGGUGUCACAAAGUUGGCAUUGGAUAUUCAAAACGUUAUAUACGCUAAUAAUUUGGCAUCGGUAGUUAAUGAGAAUGAAAACAUUGUAUUUUCACCGCUUAAUCUUGCCGGAGCAUUGGCGAUGAUUCAUUUAGGAUCAGCCGGUAUAACAUUCGAAGAAACUUCGAGAAUUCUUGGUCUUGCUACAGGAGUGGACAUAUCAACCCAUUCCGAAUUAGUUCAUCAAAUAUUUGGUUUAUUAAUGUCAGUGAUACAUCAGAGUGUUUCUGGAUCUGCGAGAACUACGAACAUUGCAAAUGGAAUUUUUGUACAGAAUGGUUUUCCAAUAAGAUCGGAAUUCAAAACGAUCAGUGAAAACGUUUACAAAAGCGAAGUUGAAAAUCUCGAUUUUCAAUUGAAAGGAAAUGAAGCAAAGGAUAAAAUAAAUGCAUGGGUUAAAGAAAAAACCAAUGGAAAAAUUGCAUCGAUUUUAAAUGAUGUACCAUCCCCAAGCACCUUGGUUGUCAUAGCAUCAGCAUUAUAUUUCAAUGCUGAAUGGGACAGACAUUUCAUACAAGGUGCUACUGGUAAAAGGCCAUUUUCCAUAGAACCUAAUCAAGAAAUCACUGUUGACUUCAUGUACAAUGCUGGGGAUUUUCCAUUUUAUGAGGACCCAAAUAUUGGCGUUAAAAUAGUUGGUUUACCUUACAAAGGAUUGGACAUGACUAUGUACAUCAUGUUACCAACCAUAGAAGGUGCAAGAGCAUUGGGUGGAUUUGAAAAGACUCUGACACCGGAGAUCAUUGAAUAUUUGAUUCAAAACACGAAAAAUCAAACUACCAUAUUAGGGAUACCUAAAAUGAAGAUAACUAGUUCUUUAAAACUGAAACGAGUAUUACAAAGUUUAGGUUUGUUAUCAUUGUUCGACCCAACAACCGCUGAUUUGAGUUUAUUGUCACCCGGUCCGGAUGGUCAAAACAAUUUAAAUCCAAAUUUAAACGUGGCUGCUAUCACGGAUCCCAACAACAGACCUGGUAAACAAAUUGUUAACAGAAAAUCAAAUAACAACAGAGACCAAUUAAUAUUUUCAAGAUUCGGUGGUGUUACGAAUGAAAAACGAAAUCUUAGAAAAAAUUUAUUUCAAUAUUUUGACAAUAAUCGUAAUUACAAUGUCGAACAAUGGUCCACAGGAUUUAACAUAAGAAGAUUGGCUAAGAAAAAACGUGAAAUUGAAAAGGAACGUAUCAACGAUACCAACGAUGUUGUUAACAGAGUUAAAAGACAAAAUCGUAUUCCUGAAGAAUUUCUUCGUAUCAUUGAAAAUAGAAAUUAUCAAUAUUAUGGUUUGGACAAUCUUAGAAAUAGCGCGACUCUAAGUAAUCCUCAUUUAUAUGCUGAUGAGGUAUUGCAUAAAGUAGACAUUGAUAUUAAUGAAAGGGGUACCGAAGCUGCAGCAGCAACUGCAGUUGUUUUGGAAAGAGAUGGCAGUCAAAAAAGGUUAAUCGCUAAUAGACCAUUUUUAUUUUUCAUCAGACACAAUCCGACGAAAUUAAUAUUGUUUUGGGGUACGAUUAACAGGCCUACUCCAAAUUAUUCUACUUUGUAAACAUAUUUUUAUUAUUAUCUUUUUUCUCUUUUUUUUUUUUUUUUAUCAACCUUUUGCGAAAAUAUCAUUCCAAACAAAUUCACCCGUACGCGUUAGUUAACGAAAAGGGUUAACGUCAAUUUUUAUCCAACAGUAUUUAACAUUAUUAUUAUUAUUAUUAUUAUUAUUAUUAUAAUUGCCUCUAAUAUACACGUAUAUGUAUGUGAUAUAUUCAUAAUUGAUUAAAAUCCUAUUUAAUUAUAAGUAAAAGAGGUCAAUUAUAAACAAAUAAGUUAUACUUUUUUUUGUACUCUCUCUAUCUCUCUCUCUCUUUAUUUAGGAUUUCAUUCGCAUUACAACAUUUAAUAAUAAGACUUCUGUUUAUUCGCAUAAAACACCAAAGAAAAUAUGAACUUCAAUUGUAUUGAAAGCUUAUCGUUAUUAUUUUUUCUCUUCUAGUUAGUUUAUAUAUAAAAAAAAAAAAGAAAAAUUGAUUUUAUAUCCGCUAAAUAGAUAUUUUUUUGUUCGUUUUUUUUUUAUACUAGUUCAUUUUAAAAUAUACACGUUAUUUAUAUACUAUUAGUUUUAUAUUUUAUAUAUUAGUUUAUAUUAUACUCGUGUUAAAUAGAAAAUAAUUACUUUGUGCAUCGAUGAAUUAAAAAUUAAAGCUUGCUUUGCUUGAAAU